GCGGAAGUCGAGCAUUUUCUAGCGAAAACCAAAACAUUCGGGACUACGUUCCAUUUGUUCUAUUUGAACUAACGCAACAACAAGCGGGGGUCCUGGGUUGCCUUCGUAAGCUAUAUUGUACAAGCCGACAGCUGUGCAGAAUGCUGAAUGCCGCCGCCGCGGAAAGGAACAAGGAGCCCAUCCUGAUGGUGCUGCGGGGCUGCGUGAAUACCGACAGACGGCUGCAAGCGCUCGAGAUCUCCUCCGGUACGGGACAACAUGUCAUACAUUUGGCUGGGGCUCUCCGGAACAUUACUUGGCAACCAUCAGAGUACGACCAACGGUCUUUAACCAGUAUCGAAGCCUACAGAGCUCACUACCAGCUGAACAACGUGAAGCCUGCCAUCCACCUGGACGCGUCUCGGAGCCACGAUCACUGGGGAGGGAUCCAGCCACAGAGCCUCGAUCUGGUCCUCAACAUCAACAUGAUCCACAUCUCUCCCAUGGCUUGUACAGAGGGUUUAUUCAAAGGGGUUGGAGUGGUGUUGAAGCCACAAGGUUUGCUGUUGACAUAUGGGCCUUACGCAGUGAAUGGUGGCAUCACACCACAAAGCAAUAUUGAUUUUGACUUAAGCCUGCGACAGAGGAACCCAGAGUGGGGUCUUAGGGAUAUUUCCCUCCUCAAAUCACUUGCAGAAAUACAUGGUUUAUUCCUGGAGAAAAUUGUGGACAUGCCAGCCAACAACAAAUGUCUCCUGUUCAGGAAGGAGAGUUUGGUGUAAAGUGUCCUGUCCUUCUUUUGCUGAACGGAUAACAUCAGGAUGGAGAAAAGCGCCUUAAAUUAAGUCAAAGCUCAGACGUGUUGCCAAAUUCUUUCAGUUAAUUAGACAUUAGAAUAAAUAAACAGCCAGAAUGAUUGUAUCAUAAACCUGUAGUACACUAUAUUCCUGGUUGCCCACAUGUGUAAUAGUAACUGACUGCUUAUUUUGCUUGAUUUAGUGUGUUUUUGCUUCUGUGCUCCUCUUCUCAUUGUAUAUAUGGGUCAUUUAGCAGAAACACCAGAAAAAUACUGUAACUUGUAGAAAUGGUUUACAGAUGAUAAUGUGCACUAUAGGUAUUGAAAACAAGUAUAUAAUAGAUCAUAUAAUAAAGACAAUAUAGAGACAAGCUAAGUGACGUUUUGCUAAGCAAAUACAAGUUAAUAUAAAGAUAUUUUUCUGACAGCUAUAAAAGAAAACAAAUGUGAAUGCUAUCAUAUGGACUGCAUGUCAAGACAAAGUAUAAUCUACUUUGAUUCAAAUCAAAACAAAAGCACCAGAAUAAGACAUCGCAACACACGGAAUAUAGUUUUAAGUAGCUAUAGAUGCCAGUAGUGCUCUUGUGGAAAAUAUGUAGAAUUCUUGUUAAGUUAAUGUACUACACCUCAGUGAUAAAAGUUUCACAGUGCCAUU